GACCAUAGACGAGUGCUGAGCUCCAUAGCUUCCUCGGUUUUGGAAAUUGUUUCCGCCGAUUUAUACCACGACACGCAGAACUGGUGGCACCUCUUUAUAAG